AUGCCUCCGCACAAUGCCUCCACAAUGGUCACCUAUGUUGCAAAGCAACAUCCUGGUUUCCACUGCACGCUUAGCGAAACGAGCCUCGUGACUGCUGGACUUCUCCGGCGAGCCACGCGGUACUGGGGGGGUUCCGGCGGACGAGGAGAGGGGAGCGCCGCGAGCGGGAGUCCACCGCAGGAGGCUACGGCGUACGCGGGAGCAGAGGGCAGAGGAGUGGCAUCAACCAGCGGUGACGGCAAGCGCGGGGAUCCAGGAAGGACCGAUAUAGCUCAGUUCUUGUGGCCUCCGCCUCUCGGGCAUUCCCCGGAGCGCGGCGGCCGGCGGCCACCGCCAACGGAUGAACCGCACCGUCGCCGGCCGGCAGGGAGGGGCGCAUGGCGGAACGGCGGUGGCGGAGGCAGGGGCAUUUCCUUCACGCGCGCCGUACUCCGCACGGCAACAGAGCAGGGACGCGCCCGCCCGCCCGCCCGCCCGCCAGCGCGGCGUGCGUGGGCCCCGCCCGCUGCGGCUCGUCGAGCGGGCCCGGUGGCACGGGCCUGGGCCGUUGGAUCGGCCCCAGCUGGCACGGAAAGCGAUCCAACGGCUCGGGACGCACCGGGGCGACGGGAAGGGAAGGAAAGGAAAGGAGACGGAGGAGGCCGCGGGUGCUUUAUUUGCUGCUGCGCCUGCAAACUCUGCUCUGCUCUGCACAACACAACCGCCCCGCUUUUGAUCCUCCGGAGCCAGGGAAGGAAGGAAAGGAAAGCAAACCCAGCAAUGGAUGGUGAUGCAACAGCCAAGUGUUCUGCUGGAGAAGAGAAUGACAGAAUCAAGUAUGCUGCGUCAUCUAUGAGAGGAUUUCGUUAUGAAAUGGAAGAUGCCCUCACAGCUGUCCUAGAUCUAGAUGGCUGCAGUUCCACAUCAUUCUUUGGUGUUUAUGAUGGCCAUGGAGGAGCUGAUGUAGCAUUGUAUUGUUCAAGGCAAUUUCAUAUUGAGCUCAUCAAGGAACCAGACUAUCGCAAAAAUCUGCAUACCGCACUGGAGCAUGUGUAUUUCAGAAUUGAUGAGAAGUUGAAACGAUCGGAUGAAUGGAAAAGGGAGCCAGCUCAUUCUCCCGGUAAUAGCACUUUGAAAAAGUUGCUCAAGGCUGCUCUUUGUGCUGUUAAGGACCGUUAUGUUCCCCCGCAACAUGAAGGAACCACAGCAUGUGUGGCUCUUAUUAGAGGUAACCAGAUUUUUGUUGCAAAUGUUGGUGAUUCCCGUUGUGUACUCUCAAGGAAUGGUCAGGCAAAUGAUCUAUCCAUCGAUCACAAGCCAGACCUCCAACAUGAAAGGGAGAGAAUUGAAAGGGCAGGAGGGCAAGUAACCAGGGAUGGGAACCCUCAGAGAGAUAUCUCAGGACGAAUAGUUAGGGUGGACGUGGGCAUCCAUCGCGUCGGGGGGAUAUUAGCCAUAUCCAGAGCGAUUGGUGAUUUUCAAUUCAAGCGGAACAAAACUUUGUCUCCUGCACAACAAAUUGUGACAUGUUGUCCGGACAUUCACACUGUGGACAUAACUGAUGAUGCUGAAUUUCUUAUUAUAGCAAGUGACGGUAUCUGGGAAGCCAAGGCAAGUCAAGAGGCGGUUGAUUUUGUGAGGCAGCGCUUGCAAUCCGGGGAGACAGAUCUGAGUGUCAUUUGUGAGAGACUUCUUGAUUCAUGCCUGGGCCGGAGAAUGAGUGACAAUAUGAGCGUGAUACUGGUUCAGUUCAAGGCCAGCGCCCGGAUUCGUUCUUCACCCGGCGCCAACCCCACUGCCACUGCUGAAGCCAGGGCUGACGAAAUCAAGGUCAACAUCGAAUUAGGGGGGCAGUCCAGCAACACAAAUGCAAAUGAGGAAGGGGGGCAGUCCAGCAACCCAAAUGCAAACGAGGACGACGACGGCUCUGUCAACGGUUGCGUAGGAUGCUUCAGCCGCAUGGAUUUGUUUGACGCCGGCGAGGAAUGAUGGGUGAGCUGUGCACUUAGAGUUCUGAAUUUUUGAUCGAGAAGGGAAAGACGAUCCUGAGCUGGGAAGGUUUACAGUGCUAUUUUUGCUCUUUGUCGGAGACAGAAUUCGUGUAGGAUUAUAUGGUACCACUCAUAGGGUCUGAGCAGUCGCUGUUACUUACUAUACGUUGCAUUGUAGUUUCGCUCGAGAUUUUGCUUGAGAACCACUUGGAUUCACCCACUCUGUUUUCUUCUUCUUUGCAUUUUGUCUUGGAUAUUAAAGAUCCUUGAUGGGGCAGUAUAACUAUGGAUAUUUACUGCCUUCAUGGUAAUUCCUCUAUGCAAUGCAGUAUUAUA